AUGGGCGGCCGGAUGUCCCCUCCGCUUUGGCAGGCACGGCCGAGAUUGGAUUCCACACAGUGGCUUGCAAGAAGCAUUCCUCGCCGCUGGAGCCGCCUCUGGACCCUCCUCCCGGAGCUCCGGUUCGCCCCCGGCAUUGACCCCGACUCCAUCCGUGCCGCCCUCGCCGCCCGUGAAGAAGCGUCGGUGGCCCUCUGCGACCUCGUCAUCGGCCUGCGGGGCGCUUCUCCCGAGUCCUUCAACGCCUGGAUCCCCGUCGCCGCGCGGAGCCUCUCCGGCCGUCUGCUCCUGUUCGAGAUACUGUUCCAGGAAGAAUACGAGGACGAGGAUGGGGACGGGGACGGGGACGGGGACGAGGAAGAAGGCGCCUGCGAGCUGCCCUGCUUCGAGAGAUCCACCUCAAUCUGCCUCGACCUAGGGCAUCUUCGCCUCAUCGUGCCGCCUAAUGGUGUAUUCGCGAGGCUCACCGAUCUUUGUCUUACCUGCGCCGCCCUAGAUGGUCCUUGCAAGCUCGGUGAAGCUGUAUCCUCGCCGCGGUGCCCGUCAUUGCGGAAACUCGCCGUCCGUGAUGCCUUUGGUCUUGGCCACUUCAAGAUUCACUCGGAGUCUCUCUUGCGAUUGGCCCUGAAUAAUGUGCAGGGCUUGCAGGAGCUCACUAUCAUGGCGUCGGCACUCGAAAAGUUGGAUGUGAGCUGCUGCUUUCGCGAAGGUUUAAGUCACAACCCACCGGUUGCAAACAUAUCUGCCCCUCAACUGGUGUCCCUCGGUUGGAGGGAUGCUUAUGAUCCAAGCUCGGUCCAACUUGGCAAGAUGGAAAAUCUACAAUGGCUGUUCACCAACUAUUUUCUUGUGUACGGACAAGAUCAGUAUGGACACAAGUUAUUCAAUAGCUAUUGCACGAGGCUUUUGCAGCGCUUUGAGUUCAUCCAGAAUCUUAGUUUCACGCUUGAAUACCCACAGAGAACUGCUUACUAUCGGUACUUGAUGGAAGACAUUCCAAGGCUCCCGAAGAUUGCAACCAUGGCCUUAAAUAUAUUGUCAAAGGGACAUUCCUUUGGAGCCAGUUCAUUCCAUAUUCUCAGGAUGUGUACUGGUGUGAGAUAUCUGUGUCUUACAUUUGUGACCGCAACCAUGGACCCGGAGGCACAAACCGGAUGCCCACCAGGUUGCAUUUGUGACCAGCAGCCACCAAACUGGAAAACGGAGGAUCUCGCGAUGAAUAACCUCCAACACGUAGAACUCCGUAACGUGACAGGAACAGAACAUGAAGCUGCUUUUGUGAAACGGAGAUUCGAUUGGGCAACUGUGCUGGAAAAGGUGAGAGUAAUUUUUGAUUCCUCAGUUGCUGAGAGCAAGGCCAAAGAGUUCUGCCAGACGCUACUAAGCUUCUCCAGGCUGGGAAAACGCAUGAAGGGCACCCAGAAGACUAACUCGCCAACCUGUCUGCUGCCUCAGGUUGUCAGUUUGCAGUCUUUUCUCUCGGUAUCAACUGCAUCCAGUGUAGACAUCGAGAUCCUGAAGACCUUUGGGUGA